UUAGACCUGAUAUUAGAGAUGAAAUUUAUAGAAUUGGUCAAACAAAACCUAUUAAUGAUAUUAUUAAUAGUUUGGCAGAACUUGAAUUAUGUCAUAGAAUAUUACAACAGGCACUAUCUCAACCUCGCCAUACACCUAUUGCUCCUGCUAUUCCAGAUUUUUACUCUAUAAAAUCAGAAAAACCUUGGCAAGCAUUUUACAUAGUAGAUCAAGAAGAUAAUAAUAUGGAUCCACUUUCCCAAGAUCCAGAUUACCUUAAAUACCUCGAGCAAGCAAAAGCCUUAUUUAAAAAACCACAAAGAUCCAACCAAUCUGUCAGAAUAGAUAGAAUAGAAGAAGGGCUUCAUGAAACUCAAGAUACUAUAAAUUA